GGGAGAGGGAGAGAGAGAGAGAGAGAGAGAGAGAGAAAGAGAGAGAGAGAGAGAGAGUGAGUGUGGAUCUGAACCUGAGACCUGGACAGAAAAUGCCUCUCCUUUCUAACUUAACGACCAUUGUCUUGUUGCUGAUUGCUCACUGCGGAUCUUCGACUCAGGCUAACCGCUUGGGCCCCUACAAGGGUUGUCUCUCAUGUAAAGAACCAGGUCGGUCCCCCCGCGACCAUAUUGGGCAGGCAGGCAGUACAUCCGUGUUGGCCCAGGGAGAGCCCUGUGGUGUGUACACCCUGAGCUGUGCCAAGGGGCUGCGCUGCGUGCCUCUUCCUCGGGAACACAGCCCUCUCCAGGCUCUGUUGCAGGGCAGGGGCUUCUGCACCAAGCACAGCAGGACCAGUCCCACGGAGAGGCCCCACCCCACAGGUCCACAUCCUUCGCAUAGUGGUGAAAUAGAAAAGGCACCCUGCCGUAAGCUGCUCAAUAGUGUUCUGCGUGGUGUUGAGCUCACUAUCUUCCUGUCUGAUCGUGACAUCUAUAUCCCCAAUUGUGACACUCUGGGCUUCUACAGGAAAAAGCAGUGUCGUUCCUCCAAGGGUAUACAGCGUGGCCUCUGUUGGUGUGUGGACGAGCUGGGUACCGCUUUGCCCUCAGGUGCCAGUGAAGACGGCACUUUACCAUGCGAUGGAGAUUGAGGGAGGUCUCUGUCCCACAACUUUGAGC